AUCUUGGUCUGGUUACGCGCACCACAAAUUUUCCAGAACAAGUCUUUCGAUUUUAUUGCGUUAUUUGAUUUUUUAUUUCACAAAUAUGGGAAGUUUCAAAUUAAUUAAACUGAUAUUUCUACUAGCUAUUCUACGAACAAAUUUAGGUGGAAAGACUUUCUUUGAGAUGUUGCAAAAAGCUACCAAGCAUUCGGGUUUUUUACGUGAAUAUGAAUCAGAUAUCGAAUGUAUUAAGGAUACUCUUCGUUUAGUUACUGUGGUUUUUAGACAUGGUCAAAGAACUCCAGCAGACACUUAUCCAACAGAUCCUCAUAUAAAUGAUUCCAUGGUUCCAUACGGUUGGGGACAGCUAACCAACGCGAACUACACCUAACGGCCACACGACCAACGCAACAGAUAGGGUAGCUCCAGAGCUUCUUUUGGCGUCGUGGCAGCAGCAGGAUUCCGGCGACAUCCAGGUCGGCUGAACCGGCGGGCAUCUCUUGGUCGGUGGAAGCGGCGUGCUGAUCCCUCCAAGGUUGUCCUUUACGUCAAUAAUCUCAAAAGUGGCAUCAACAGCCAAACGGAAUCGCCAUAAAAUCCUUCAAAAUCUUCAAGGUGGCUGUCCUGUCCUCAUGCCCUUAUGUCGUUGUCGAGAUGCUCGAGAGUAGAGAUUGCGUAUAUCGUAACAAAAGCAAAUAAUAAUUAGUCGUAGAAAACGUAAUCGGAACUGACAUCAAGGACGAUAGUAGACGUUCACAAACGGAAAACUUAAUAAUAAUGUUGCAUACGGAAUUUCGCUAGUGGAUUGUCGUGCGGAGCCUAGGUUGAGCGAAAAAGAAAUGUUUAUUAAUUUUUGUGGCGCGAUUCGGGAGAAUCACGUCACAAUAUAUAUGCGUGGGCGCGCGCGCGCAAGCGUACACCAACGCUUUUUGUGGGCCUUCUUUGGACUAUACCAUCACUCCUGACAACUCUGCCGUUCAACCAUUGUACACAAUACGUUUGGCGUGUAAAGUGGUUCUAAAAAAAUUGAGUAAGCCAUAUUUUUUAAACGAAAUGCCGACGGAGAAGGUAUUUGCCAUCGUCGAAUUCGAGGAUGGCUUACAAAUUGUUCCGUCACUGUGGCUCGAUGAAGAUGAGGGACAAAGCUGGUGGCCGGAGUUCCUAACCUCAAAAUUGUCAAUUGAUCGAGCAAUCACUCGUCAAAUGCCACCCACAAAUCAGCUUGAUAUUUGGACAAAACUGAAUGUAAAACGGGUCUUUGGAAAGACAGGUAAGUUUGAAGAAAUCUAAAUAUAAUAAUAAUCUAAACAAAAUAAAUAAAAAAUGAAUACACUAUGGUAUAAUAAAAAAAGUUUUCAUUA